AUGGUCCAGGAGAGUUUCAGACAUUCCGAUCAUGAUUCAAUUACCGCUGUGGCGCGGUCUGCGGUCUCGAAACCGUCGUCGGUGGUUCGCAGGAAGUUCGCGAAGCCCCCGGUUAAAGUAGCUUGUUUGGCUUGCCGUGCUUCGAGAACGCGUUGUGAUGGGCAGGAGCCAUGUGCCAAUUGCGCUGGCAGGAACCGAGAAUGUUCCUAUACGCCCAGUAAACGAGGUGGCCCAAGGAGAAGAAAGAAGAAAUCCAUUUCCGAAGGAAACAAUGUCCGACAUAAUGGCGCCCAGGGGAUGGCAAUGAUGCCGUCGCCUGAUUUCCAGGAAGCGUCGUCCGAUAUGUUUGGCCAAAUCGAUGAGCUGUCUAUGCCAGGUGCAGGACUGAGAAGCCUAGAUUAUUCUUCCGAUGUACAGACUAUGUUUGCAGAUCUUUUUGUCCCCAAUACCGAAGGACAUUCCGACGUGCAUAUACAGUCAACGCCGUCAUCAUCAAGUAUGCCCAUGCAGCCUCUGGCGCGGACGUAUGGCAGCGAAUACGAAAUUCUGAACGCCUACUACGUUUUCAUCUAUCCCUAUUUCCCUAUCCUCCCACCAAGAGUGACGUCUCCUUCGCCUGAUCAACCAUUGAAUUACGCUACAUCCUGCACCAGCUCCCCUUCCGAAGACCCUGUUCUAGCUUACCGGCCUCGAUCGCCUUUAAGUCUUGCACUAUCGGCAAUCCUAUCCCUUAUACCUCACCCAGAUGAUCCAGAACCGUCAUCUCCAAAUUCCGUGGCGCAGCGCAGAAAUUGCGCCCAUGCAUUCGCCCAGAUGGCAGCUGACAGUGUCGAGGCGGACUGUGAGCUGAAUUCUUCAUCCACGGACCCUUCGCAGGCGUUGUACGGUGAGCGGCCAUCGAUAAAUCGAGAACCUUUCCAUCCUCGAACACCAGUUGAACUCGAGAAUCUCCUCGCGUUGUUGAUAUUGUCCACGUAUGAGUAUGUACAGCGCGGGAAUUUGUUGAAGAUGAGAUACCGUGCUGGUGAGGCAUUCACAAUAGCCUUGGAUAUGUCUCUGCAUACUUUAGGGGAGGAUCAUAGUGAGUUUGCAGAGGCUAGAAGGAGAGCGUGGUGGAUGACGUACUACUGCGUCCUCCAAGGGUCUAUUGUUAGCACAACCACACCGUCCAUCGUGAUCCAAGAUCCUCAAUUCAUUACACCAUAUCCCCAAUUCUCCUCCGACCCAGAUGGUUGGCCUGUUUUGAUACAGGCACAGCAAGUCCUAAUAUCGGCGACUCAAUUCGUAAUCGACCUAAACAAAUGUAUAAAUUCAAGGUCGAAUAUGUCCUACAUCUACGAACGAAUGCAGCAGCUUGACGCCUGGACUGCCUCCGUGCUUUCGCAGUCAGCAUUGACCCCCAGUAUCUCACAACCUCACGGGCUCGGCGACAGAACAGAAUUAAUCACAGCACGUAGCAUGCGUGCAAUUGCGCGGAUAAAGCUAUCCAGCGCGCAGGUCAAAACACACCGUUUCCGAGCCUUCCAAGACAUUCCCAUAUUCAUCAAGAAGCACUGCGAUCUCACAGCAGCAGCAGCAGCAAAUGCCAAUAACACAGCUCCAGCAACAUGCACACCACCCAAAGACCCAACCCAAAUAACAAACAUCCGCUGCUCUUGCAGCAGCAGCACUACCACCAUGGAACAUGUCCCCGAAUACGCAACACCCUCUACCUCAACAACCCCAGAUCUCCCAUCAACAUCAUCAUCACAACAACCCCCUACCCCCACAGAAUGCCCCUUCACCAGCCAACACUCGGCAAAAGUGUGCCUCCGCGCCGCUCUCCUAAUCUCGCACAUGUUCCAAUCUCUACCCCUCCCGCGUCCUGAGGGACAAGAACUCCACCCGCAGCAUCAGCAACAGUUACCACGCACAAUGCCCUCAUUCGCCUGCUGCUUAAUGCAGGGCAGCUACGCCAUGUUAAUGAUAUUCUACAAAGCCCGCGUCGCAAGACGAAUGUCUCCGCCUCCACUCCCGCUCUCAUCACAACCAGGAACAGGGUAUGAAAAUGGGCGACGCAUGUCUGGGACUAUGAAUCCGAAUGCGAAUUCGAACCCGACUCCGAAUCCCACGGAUAGACUUAUUUUGGAGCUGAGGCAGGGGCUGGGGAGGAUUAUUGGUGCGGUGAGGAAUUAUACGAUUGCAUUUGAGGCAUUGGUUGGGAUGAGGGGUGAGUUUUUCUUUUCCUUUUUUCUCUUUUUAUUGGGAUUUAAUCUCAUGUGUUGGCUAUGGAAUAACGGCUAA